AUGGCAGAUGCAGAAGUAGGAAAUCAAACUUCCAUCGCUGAAUUUAUUCUCCUGGGUUUUGAAAUUCUGCCAGAGUUGCAAAUGCUUCUCUUCCUGCUAUUUUUCAUACUCUACAUUGCAACCAUGGCUGGGAAUGUCCUCAUCAUUGUGCUCAUCAUAGCUGUGCGGCAUCUGCACACCCCCAUGUACUUCUUCCUGGGGAACUUGUCCUGCUUGGAGACCUGCUAUACCUGCACUAUCCUUCCCAGAAUGCUGGCCAGCUUCCUCACUGGGGACAGAACAAUUUCAUUAUCUGGCUGCUUCAUCCAAUUCUUUUUCUUUGGUAUGUUGGCAAGUACAGAGUGUUGUCUCUUGUCUGUGAUGUCUUAUGAUCGGUACUUAGCCAUAUGUAAACCACUGCAUUAUGCAGCCCUGAUGAGUGACCGAUUGUGUUUCAAACUUGCUGCUGGCUCAUGGAUCAGUGGAUUUACAGCUGUCUCUAUUAUAUCACUCUUAUUCUUACAAUUAACCUUUUGUGGACCCAAUGAAGUUGACCAUUUCUUUUGUGACUAUGUUCCAGUGAUUAAACUCUCCUGCAGUGACACCUAUCAGAUUGAGCUUGCAGCUUACAGUCUUGACUGCAUAGUGCUUCUGCCCCCAUUCCUUUUGACUCUUCUGUCCUAUAUCUGCAUUAUCACCACCAUACUGAGAAUCCCAUCCACUAGCGGGAGACAAAAAGCCUUUUCCACCUGUUCCUCUCAUAUUAGUGUUGUGACAAUUUUCUACGGGAUGCUGGUCAUUGUCUAUAUGUUCCCAAGAACCAACAGUCUUAGAGCCCUCUACAAAAUAUUCUCUCUUUUCUACACUGUCCUGACCCCACUGGCCAACCCUCUUAUUUACAGCCUGAGAAACAAAGAUGUCAAGGAGGCUCUAAUGACAGUUUUCUAUAUGUUUAUGAAUUGGAAAAGAACGCACGCAUCGCCAGAACUCUGUUAGCAACAUCGGUGAUGCGUAGGGAGUGCAUGCGGGUGCCCAUGCAUCCCCUGAGAUUGGCCAUGCACCCCCUGGAGGCACCAGCUGUGAAACCAGGAGUGCCACUGGAAGUGCACUUCUGGCUUCACCACUGGCUCAGCGAUCGGCCACUGGGACACCGCC